AUGGAGUGGCUGGAUAUUGUCAAAGACCUAAACGCUGGUACUAUCGGUGGUGUAGCAGGCAUUGCAGCUGGACAUCCACUAGACACUGUCAAAGUACAGUUACAGACCAGUCGUGAAGCGGGUGCAGGGGUUUUACAUACAUUGCAACGUGUCGUAAGCUCCGAAGGAACUGCAGGACUUUAUAGGGGUCUACUGUCCCCGAUUCUAAGCAAUGCACCAAUCAACGCUGUGGUGUUUGGUGUACAAGGACAAGUGGUACGCCAACUUCAAUCAAAUAAUGACAAAAAGUGCCUAUCUAGUAGUCAGCACUUUUUCGCGGGAUCGAGUGCAGGAUUCGUACAAGUGAUUUUUGCAGCACCAUCAGAACAUGUAAAAAUCCAGUUACAAACAGGAGCUAUAAGGAACGAAACCAAUUCAUUAGUUGCAGCUAAGACAAUUGUGAAACAGUAUGGAGCAAGGACGUUGUUUAAGGGAUGGCAAGUCUGUCUUUUAAGGGACGUACCGGCAUUUGGAGCAUACUUUUGUGGCUACGAAGCCACGAAACGAGCAUUGACAAAGGGACAGAAUGAAAAUGAGACGGAUCUGAAGUUAAUGAUGGCGGGAGGCAUUGCAGGGAUGUUUUCGUGGAUUGUGAGCAUGCCACAAGAUGUGGUUAAAAGCUGCGUGCAGAGUCAGAGUCUUGACGGUAAACAGUUGAGUAUGAUGGAGAUGGCCAGGACCAGGAUGCAACAGGAAGGACCAAGAUUCUUCUUCAAAGGCUUCAGUGCUACUAUGCUUCGAGCUUUCCCUGUUAGUGCAGUGACGUUCCUUGUCUAUGAGAAGACUAUGCAGUUCAUGUCCUGA